CGUGGUGGGGCUUCGGUUGCUGCGCAUGCGUCGUGGGUUCGGUAGGCGCUGACGGGAACUAGAUGCGGGGAAGAAGCGGGGGAAGGCUGAAGCCGUGGACGAAGUAGCCUCCAGCGUGGAGAUGUCUGCUUUUGCUUGGGAAAAGCAACAAGCAAUGAACCUCUGAGGCCUACUGUGUCAGGGCAGUGACCUUCUGAAGAGUAAAAUAGCCACCAUUGCCCACGUUCCACUGCCACCAUGUCAGGAAGCUGUACCCCUACUGCUGGUGGGCCCUUCUCUGCUCUCACACCCAGCAUAUGGCCUCAGGAGAUCUUGGCAAAAUAUGCCCAGAAAGAAGAAUCUGUUGAACAGCCAGAGUUCCGGUAUGAUGAAUUUGGUUUCCGAGUAGACAAAGAAGAUGGCGCGGAGCCAAACUCUAGCAAGCUCUUGGGGAUCCCACUGGUUGAAGAGCCACAGCACAGGCUGAAAUGGCAGGCCCACUUGGAAUUCACACACAACCAUGACGUGGGGGACCUCACCUGGGACAAGAUAGAAGUCACACUUCCACGUUCCGACAAGCUGCGAUCCUUGGUGUUGGCUGGCAUUCCUCAUAGCAUGAGGCCACAGCUGUGGAUGAGACUGUCAGGUGCUCUGCAGAAGAAGCGAAAUUCAGAAAUGUCAUAUCGGGAAAUUGUGAAAAACAGCUCAAAUGAUGAAACCAUUGCUGCCAAACAAAUUGAGAAAGAUUUGCUCCGCACCAUGCCCAGCAAUGCCUGCUUUUCCAACAUGAAUAGUAUUGGAGUGCCGCGACUACGCAGAAUUCUCCGGGGCCUGGCAUGGCUGUAUCCCGAAAUAGGCUAUUGUCAAGGCACUGGCAUGGUAGUCGCUUCCUUACUUCUUUUCUUAGAAGAGGAAGAUGCCUUCUGGAUGAUGUGUGCUAUCAUUGAGGACCUGGUGCCGGCCUCCUACUUCAACACUACUCUGAUGGGCGUUCAGACUGACCAGCGCGUCUUGCGGCAUCUCAUUGUGCAGUACUUGCCACAGCUGGACAAACUUCUCCAGGAGCAUGACAUUGAGCUCUCCUUGAUCACCCUGCACUGGUUCCUCACAUCAUUUGCUAGCGUUGUGCAUAUCAAGCUGUUGCUACGAAUUUGGGAUCUCUUUUUCUACCAGGGCUCCAUAGUUCUCUUCCAGGUCACACUGGGCAUGCUCAGCAUGAAGGAAGAUGAGUUGAUUCAGUCAGAGAACUCUGCCUCCAUCUUCAACACACUCUCGGACAUCCCCUCUCAAAUUGAAGAUCCAGACGUGCUCCUGCAGGAAGCCAUGCGUGUCGCUGGUUCCCUGACGGACGUAGCAGUGGAGACUCAGCGGUGCAAGCACCUGGCUUACCUCAUUGCGGACCAAGGGCAGCUGCUCAAUGCAGGGGCUUCUGUCAACUUAUCAAAGAUUGUGCGACGCAGGACGCAGCGCAGGAAGUCUGGCAUCACCUCUCUGCUUUUUGGGGAAGAUGACAUGGAGGCACUGAAGGCCAAGAACAUUAAGCAGACGGAGCUGGUUGCAGAGUUGCGCGAGGCCAUCCUGCAAGUGGCACGGCAUUUUCAGUGUGUGGAUCCCAAGAGCUGCAGCAUAGAUUUGACUCCUGAUUACACCAUGGAAAGCCACCAGCGGGACCAUGAAAGCUAUGUGGCUUGUUGUCGGAACCAUCGGCGACGAGCCAAGGCAUUGCUGGAUUUUGAGCGCCAUGAUGAUGAUGAACUGGGCUUCCGUAAGAAUGAUAUCAUCACGAUCAUCUCUCAGAAGGAUGAGCACUGUUGGGUGGGAGAGCUGAAUGGCCUGAGAGGUUGGUUUCCUGCAAAGUUUGUGGAAGUUCUGGAUGAACGGAGCAAAGAGUAUUCCAUUGCUGGAGAUGACUCUGUCACUGAAGGUGUGACGGACUUGGUUCGAGGGACACUCUGCCCAGCCCUCAAAGCCAUAUUUGAACACGGGCUGAAGAGGCCAUCUCUGCUGGGGGCCUGCCACCCCUGGCUCUUCAUUGAAGAGGCUGCUGGGCGAGAAGUGGAGCGUGACUUUGACUCUGUGUAUUCUCGUCUUGUACUCUGCAAGACCUACAGGUUGGAUGAAGAUGGGAAAGUGCUAACUCCAGAGGAGCUGCUUUAUCGGGCGGUGCAGUCUGUCAACAUGUCCCAUGAUGCAGUACAUGCCCAGAUGGAUGUGAAGCUUCGUUCUCUUAUCUGCAUUGGACUGAAUGAGCAGGUGCUGCAUUUGUGGCUUGAGGUGUUGUGCUCUAGCCUGCAGACUGUGGAGAAAUGGUUCCAUCUCUGGUCAUUCUUGCGCAGUCCUGGCUGGGUGCAGAUCAAGUGUGAGCUCAGAGUCCUCAGUAAAUUUGCAUUCAGCCUUUCUCAGGAUUGGGAACUCCCUGUAAAAAGAGAGGAGAAGAAGAAACCACUGAAGGAAGGAGUCCAGGACAUGCUUGUGAAGCACCAUCUCUUUAGCUGGGACAUAGAUGGGUGAUUCUUUGGCCUCAGUUUGGACUUCUUGGAUGACAUCAAACCAUUGGCAUAUUCUCCUCCCUCGCAGCCUGUUCCCCCUUCAGUCUGUCCCUCUCACCAACAGUCUUUGCUUGUCAAGAGUUCUCUUGUGGACUGGUAUCAGUUUGCUUAACAGGUGGGCAGUAGCAUAUUGAAGAGACCAGGGGUUGUGCUGCAUUGUUUGAAACUGUGGCUGUCUAGCUUCCCUUUCCCAUGGUGUCACUAACUUGACUGUGCAGAGCAUGUGCAUAUUAUGGAAGUAAUGUACCACUCAGGAGUCUGUGCCCCUUGGAUACCAAGCCUGUUCAAGGCCUGCUGGUCUGGGCAAGAGGGAAGACAGUAAUGUUAGACAGAAAGUUGUCUAGGUGUGGUGUACAGCAAGAGGGGAUUCCCCCAAGGUUAACCAGUCUAGCUGUUAAGAUUCAUUUAUGGCAGGGAGAGGAGACCAACAGAUUCCAAGUUCCUCCAAGGCUCACUUUAUUCAUGAUGCUUAUUUUCUUACAUACGCUAACAUGUGCAACACCCCUUAUUAGUGUGUGUCUGAAAGAGAAACUGUGAUUCAUGACUAGUUUUCCCAGGUGCUACAGUGCAUGAAUGGCUGGGCUACUGCCACAAAGUGCCUAAAAUGGCUAGCUGGUUUAAAACUGCCUUGGGUGGAGCAGCAGGAGCCUAGCCUUUAAUUCUGGCUCUUAGCUGAACAGCAUCAGUUCAUUUUAGCCUGGAACUUUGUAAAAAAAGAGAGAGAUUACCAAAAGAUGUAAAAUGUAUCCAGAAAUCUCUGUAUAUUUUGAUGUAGCUUAGCAGGAAAUGGAUUCAGGACCGAGAUGGCUCAGGGAGUCAACUGCAACCUACACUGAUGAUGAUGGUAGAGGCUGCAAGACAGGAGCACAAUCACUUGUCAUUUUGGUUUCUAAGUAAAUUGCACAUCCUGUAGGACUGCUUUUCAGAUGCCUUUAGCCUUAUUUCUGUUCUCCUGAGUUAUGUGGAAGUAUUAGUAGUUGGAAGGAAAAAUUGACACUUCUGCGAAUGAUUCUAGGAUUUGAAUGUUAAGUAAAUCAGCCUUGAAAUAUUGUGUUUCUUAUUCAGUAAUAGUACUGUUACAGUCUGGUCAGCUAGAAUAUACUGACUGUGACCUGGAUGAGAAUAGAUUGCAAGCCCCUUUCCCCAUAGUUGCAUUCUGUUCUACUACUGGAUAAUUUGCCACACUUCUUUCAAGGUGCUGUUUCUAGGAAGGAGAAACUGUCACAAUAGUGAGAAAUGGCUCUUCAUCCCUCCACAAAUGUUGAAUGCCUUUGCUGUCUUUUCACCAUGGCACGUAUCAGUAUCCAUUAUGCCAUGACCAAAGAUGAGAUGUACAAAGAUGUUACAACACAAUUUUUUUUAAUAAAAUGGAUUUUUCAAAUAA